AUGGACGGAGCUCGCGUGCGUCCCGACAAUUUCCGGGAGAUUUAUGCACAAGCGUGCGAAGCCUUCACGCACAAGCUGCAGUGCCAAGUAUUCGUUCUCUUGAGCCCAUCCCCCAGCCCUGAUAUGGAGGAGAUCCCGACACGGCUGGCGGAGCUCUGUGAACGGGUGAUUCAGAUUGGAUUCUUGGGUGAGGUUGGCGAGUGCGGGAUCCGGGAUGAUAACCGCGUGCGUGUCCGUUGGGGUUCACUUCCUAUUAAGGAGAUUUGCUUCGAGAUUAAGUGGGAACUGACGGUUCUCAAGGAUGAGCUUGCGAGCGGUGAUUCAUCUCCUCUGGUUGUUGCGGAUCUUCUAGUGGGUAUCUUGGAUUCUUUGCCUUUUUGA